AUGGGAAACUCGUUAAGUCACAUUUCUGGUCGGAAAUCCGUUUUCCAGGAGUCCCGGGACUCCUUGUUGACAACUACCCUCUCUGGCACGGACAUCGGCACUAUAGCAAAGGCACCCUUGAAGCGUAAAUUUAAUUCUAAUGACGACUGGCUAUCCCCGCGAAAGCGACGCCUCCUGGAAUCUUAUUCCACCGGCGACAUAAGCCAGGUUGUUGUUGCGCCUCAAACGAUACAUCGUCGCAACACUGACUUUACAAACCCCUCGGCCAAGCGCUUGUACAGGGAGGCGUCUGAUAUUUUCCUGAAGCGUAAAGCGGAUGCUAAACUAGAUCCCUUUUCAAUAAAACGCGUCAUACUGUAUGAGCCUUGUCACGCCCCGGCAUUCAUAUGGUCCCUACCCGCUGAAAUUCUCUUUGCUAUCGUCGCUCUUUUAGGAGUGGAAGAUUUGCGCUGUGUUACUCAAAUUUGUUCUCUGUUAAGAGAAAUCGCCGGUCCCCUCUUCUUCAUCAACCGGAACUUCCCAACUUCACCGCAGGACAUGUUUCACAUCCGUGUAGACUCGCACAAUUUUGACGUUCUACUUACUUGGAUACGUAUGGAUACCUUUCGUCCUCCGCGUAUGAUGUUGUGUUGGUUAGAUCCUGAUCUGCGGUCCACGCAACUCUCUGCAUUUUCGUACUUUCUCCAGUCCGUCCCCCAUAAAUCCAUACGAUAUAUAACACUUUUCUGGAAUUUUGACAUUCUCACUUGCUCAGUUCUCCCUCAGAUCGUUACAGUCCUCGAGAACAUCCGCGCCUCCGGCUGCGAGGAUAUGACAUGCAUGUCAUUCCACGGUCGCGUUGGCUCAUAUGCAUCAUCCGUCACUGGACUCACCAGAAUUCAGGGGGAUGUGGGCGUGAACCACCUCAAAACCUUUGAUGCGUCAUCACAAGCAUUAUUUUCCCCCGAACUCCUUGCUUUCACAAUCCAGACCAUUCGCUUUUCCUCUUUGGAAAGGCUCCGACUCAGUUCCAUCAAACUCAGUCCUUCACACUGGACAAACUGCUGCGGCACUUGA